AUGCUUGCAGAAUGCAGCUGGUUUUUUAAGGGUGUGAUGCUCGGGAGUGCCGUCUUCGCCUUGAUCACAGUGCUGGGACCCAUCAGGCUAGGUCGCAGAAACAGGAUGCACCAUCACGAGCAUCACCACCUACAAGCUCCCAGCAAAGAAGUCUUGAAAAUGUCGGGGGUUGAACCAGCGGAGCUCGGUCACAGCAUACUGGUUUACUGUAUCAUUCUGGGGAAACCCAAAGAUGUGAGUCUGUGGGCUGCCGUGAAGGAGACCUGGAUCAAACACUGUGACAAAGCUGAGUUCUUCAGCUCCGAACCUGUCAAACUGUUCGAGUCUAUCGCCGUGAACGGGACUGACAACUGGCUGGUGUUGAAGGGAGCCUGCUUCUACGCCAUCAAUAAAUACAAAGACCUGUACAACUGGUUCUUCAUUGCGUACCCCACUACGUUCGCUGUCAUCGAAAACUUAAAGUACUUUUUGCUGAGGAAAGAUCCGUCCCAGCCUUUCUACCUGGGCCACACUGAAUUCUUUGUCAGCCUUGAAUAUGUGAACGUGGAGGGCGGGAUUGUGUUAAGUAUAGAAACGAUGAAAAGAUUCAAAAGGCUUCUCACCAUCAGGGAACACUGCCCAGAAGACCAAAAAGGGUUUUGGGAUAUGCCCGAAGAGCAGCUGCUGGCAUUCUGCCUGAGAAAUGAGGGAGUAUUUGCAGAAAAUGCUGAAGACGAAGAUGGAAAAAACUUGUUUAACACCAAAACUAUUGGGAUGUUUAUUAAGGAGGCAAUUACUGACUACCCAAACGAGGUCAUAGAAGGAUGCUGCUCUGACAUGGCCAUUACUUUCAGUAAACUCACUCCUGAUCAAAUGCAUGUCAUGAUGUAUGGGGUGUACCGUCUUAGGGCAUUCGGACAUACUUUCAAUGAUGCUUUGCUUUUCUUACCUCCAAAUGGUUCUGACAACGACUGAAAAGGAAAGUAAGAGCCUGUAUUUGAUAACCACAGAAGAAGCCGU